AUGUCUCAAGUCUCAGGAAAGCAAGACUCCAUCGAAGGCAAGAUUGAGAAGACAUCUUUUGGAGUCAAGGUUAUGGGAUUGAAUGCGCAAUCCUCCGCUCAAUCCAAGAAGGAUUCUGCAAGAAAGAAUUCAAGAACUCCUGCCAGAAAGCGCUACAUGUCGAGUACGAGAUCUCAGGACCCUCGUGACUCACCUUUGUUUGAGGAUGUUUCCCAUAAAAUUUCCUCUGCGAAUGAUGAGCCAGAUGUUGAAGCUUCUGCUCCUCAAACUGAAGUUCCUGUAUCCAAUGUGCCUGGUAAGGAGAAUUCAACAUCUCUGGAUUCAUCUGAAGAUGCUGAUGACUCAGAUGAUGUUCCUCUGGCAAGUGUUGCUGCCAUGAUGAAGAAGAGAAGAAGGGUUUCUGUUGAAGACACCCCCUCUGGUUCACAAAAGAAAACCAAAUCCAUUAUGGAUGUGAAGAGCAAAGGUAAACAAAAGGCUGUGGAUUCCUCGCCCAAGAAGGUAAAGAAAACUGCUGAGAAGAAGAAAAUUCCAAGGAUUGAUUUGGAAUCUGAGUCUGAUGUUGAAGUUGAUGUUCAGGACAUUCGGACUUCUGAAAAGAAGAAAUUCUCUGGUAAGCGAAUUCCUUCAGAUGUUCCUUCUUUCCCUAUUGAUAAUGUUUCCUUUCAUGCUGCUGAGAAUGUUCUCAAGUGGAAAUAUGUUUGCAACCGCCAGAUUGCAAAAGAAAGGGAGAUUGGCAAGGAUGUGCUUGAGUAUGAUGUUGGCGUUCCUGGAAGUGCUGAAUUCAGGAAAGUUUAUGUGCGAGGGAAAUGUGUAACUUUUUCUCCUGCUAUGAUCAACCAAGCCCUUGGUAGAAGAGCUGUGGAGUUUGUUGAGGAAGAAUUUUCUUUGGACAAGGUUGCCAAGGAACGCACUGCUGGAGUGGUGAAUUGGAUCCCUUCUCAUCAUACCUCUGCUGUUUCUGCAAUUAUAGCCAAGCUGAUCUACAGAAUAGGAACUGAGAUUGCUUUUGAUUUUGGCUCUUUGGUGUUUGCUCAAACUUUAAAACAUGCAGAAACCUGUGCUGUAAAGCUGCCCAUUUUUUUUCCUUCACUCUUGACUGCUAUCAUCCUGAAGCAGCAUCCUGAUACACUCAGAAUUGAUGAUGUGGCUUUUCCUAAGGGCACCUGUUGGACAUCAAUUCCUGUUUCAAUGUCUGGUUCUGGAACUCAAAGUGUUAUUGCUGAAUUGGAGGAUCUUUCAAAGGAGCUGCCGGUGUCUAUCAAGGUUGCUACUGAGAGGAAGUUGAAGGUGGAUACUUUGAUUGCUAAGCUGAAAGAGGAGGCAGGUCACGAGGGUGAGUCUAGAAGUGAUGCUGCAGAGGAGGAAGGAUAUGAGGAAGAGGAGUCUUCAUCUGAAGCUUAA